CGCCCUUUGCCUCUUGUACAUACAUUCGUGGCCGUCAGUCCAUUUUAUCUUAGUCCGUGGUUUAAUUUAACCGUCAAUAUAACGUUUGAUACUUUGAUAUAACUACAGGUUACCUGUUGGCUGUUUUCCACAUAAUAGUAAAUAGUAAAUACAAAAUUACGAAAUGUCCAGUAAAAACUAAAAAUUCUCUUGUAUAAAUAUAUAAUUAUUAAAUAAUUAAAUAUAGAACUAAAUUAUCAUUUGACAAUUUGGCUUUUAGUAUUUAUCAUUACGGCUUUACCUGUACAUAAAAUACAAGCAUACAUUAAAUUGUAAAUUGUAAUAACUAUAUUAACUAAUCUAAUUCCCAUUCCCCACUAAUCACUGGACAGUUCCAUAAUCUUGAAUGUGAAAUGUGAAUAACACAUUCUUUAGAGAAAUUAAACUUGUAUAGGAUUACGGAGAAAUAAAUAAUAAUGUAAUAUGUACCAUAAUUAUAUUAUUUUUGUUACACAACCGUUUUCCCAAAAAAAAGUUUAAAAUUAACUUCUAACAGUAACUCGUUAUUCGUACAAUCGUACAUCAUUACAUCAAUAAAUUGUCAAUUCAUCUUAUCUUUAUUUUUAUUGUUCAUGUACAUAAAGUUGUAAAUUCGUUUAUUGAAAUUGAACAAUGGACAUUAGUGGUGUGCAUCGCGCAGACUGGGAGCGACGAAGAAAAAUACGACUAGCUCAGGUUAGAGACCAAUCUAAGACAUUAGCUAAGACAAUACGUGAUCGUGUCCACGGGGCUGUUGCAAUUCAGUUGGAUCAACGCGAGACGGCGAGAAAUAUAACAGAACAUAAAUUUAAAUCACUGGCUGUAAACAAGUUGAAAAGUGAUUUUAAUUACUUGAUACAAGAUGUUGGCAACGGUUACUCAGUUGCAUCAGUUCAAGAUCCAAAUAUAGUAUUGGCCGAGAAACGAUUGAUAGAUCGUUGUAAAGCUAUAUCAAGAGGGGCUGAAGCAGAUAAACGGCAACAACGGAUCGAAGAGGAACAGCGGAUGGACAAAGAAAUGAGAGAUAGAAGAACACAUUUCAAUAAGACAGUUGAAAAAAUACGGUCAACACUAAUAACAAGUGUUCAAAAUGUUGGCGAUGAUAAUACUCACAGGCGUAAUAUAAAAGAAGACAAUGAAUGUUUCUUUAUUCCAAGUCAAGUAACUUUAAAUGAAUCAAAUAUCAUAAAUCGGAAUUUUAAUAAAACAUUUUCAAAACCUUGGUCAGUGGUUAUUAGUUCCAAAGAAAAUCAAAAGGAGAAAUUACAACAAUUAACCACGCGUGAUGAAAAUAAAGAAAAUGUAUCUAAAUUUUCAAAGUUAGAAACAGAUUUGAAAACCUAUGAAACAUUAGUCUUAGAAUUAAAUAAAUUAUCUGCUGAAGAACAAAACAUAAGCAACAAAUUAUUUCCCGAUAACUUAAAAGAAAUUCCUAUGGCAUGUCAAAAUAAUGUACCAUCAGAAUCUAAAGAAAAAAAUCAAACAAAAGAAAUUACCAGAAAAAAACAUAAUACAUCAAAUGAAAGAACUAAGUUUAAUGAAACUAAAAAACAGAUGACUGAAAUAAGACUUGAUGAGUCAAAUGCGUCUACAUCUAUAUGUAUAUCGUCAUCCACAUCAACCAGUAUUAAUUAUGAACAACCUCCAAAGAAAACUAUUCAUUUUGAAAAAGAAUGCAAAAAGAAAAACCUAACCAGUACUAAAUAUGAGCAAGCUUCAAAGAAAACUAUUAAUUUUGAGAAAGAAAGCAAAAAAAAGAUUAUACAACCAAGUACCAAGUUAAAUUAUAAAGAAAAAUUUGCUUCUGGAAAACCUUUACAAAAUAUAAACAAUAUAAUGCAAAGAAUUAAAAACAAAAAACAACUCCUCGUUAAAGAGAUAUCUUCUGGUACUAGUGGAAACACAGGUGCUAAUAUCAAACAAUUUAAGACGGUUCCUUCAAUUCCUAAAAUUUUACCUAUACCUAAAAAUUGUUGUGCUGGUAACAGUUUACGAGAGGAAAUUCCAGUAAAUUAUGCUAAACUUCCAGAUUCAUUUUACAAUGGUCAACUUGAUACAUUAAAAAAACAGAUAUCAAAGAAACAAUUUAAAGUUCUUAAUUCCAAAAACAAUAAGUCAAUAAAUGAAGAUCUAAUGGCACACAUAAAUACAUUACUAAAAAUGUCACCUUCAGAUGUGGAUAACUUAUCAACUUCAUCUAGUUCAAGCGUUAAAUUUGAAGAAAGUGUUUUACAGCACUCAGAAAAAGAUACUCAAUAUUACUGCAAAAUGUUGAACUGUAUAUCAAAAUGCUUAAAUGCAGAUAUUUCUGACAUAAAUCGAGACACAGUGUUUGAUUCUCCCAAAAACAUAAACUUAUUAAAUAAACUUCAACAAUUAACAAAUUAUUAUUUAGAAAAAACUCAUGAAAUGAAAAAAAUCUGUGAUGAAACUCCUCAAGUUUUAAAUGAUGAAUGUUAUAAAACUAAUGCUAAUACUAAUAAAGAGAAGAGUUCUAUCAAUUUAUCUUCAGACUCAUCAGUUGAUGGAGAAUAUAUAUUAGGAAAUUUAAAUAAAUUAUUACAGGAAAAAGGAAUUAUUAAUUCUGACAAAGAAUGGCCAAUGUUCAAACAUAUUGAUGAUGAUGAUGAUAGAAGUUUAACUGAUCAACUUCUUGAUAUAUAUCCAUGUAGUUCAUAUGAUAGAUGAAACAUAUUUUUAAAUUACUAAUAGUUUGAAAAAAUUUAAAGGUAAUUAUUUCUAUAAUUUAAAUGGUAAAAAUUCUUAAUUGUUUUAAAAAAUUUCAUCUGCGGAACUUGUAUUAAUUUAGCAGCAUACUAAAUCAAUUAAUAAUAAUAUAUGAUCUCAUGUGAUCACAAACAUUUUUGAAUAACUAUAUUAUAAACUACUGAUUUAAUUUUAAUUUUAAUUUUAUUAUAUUAUAUAUUUUAAAAUAUUACUAACUCAAAUGACAAUUUUUUAGUUGAAACUACUUAACUAAAGUAGUUGUAUACACUAUACAUAUUUAAAACUAUUACUUUUUAAAUUCUUAAAAUUAUCUUUCUUAUCUACUUGCCUUUUUUAUUUUAUAAUCAUAAAUAUUCAUAAAUUAUAUAAUUUUUAACCCUAAGUAUUCAGUAAAUAU